AUGUUUAACAAUUUACAAUCGGAUAAGUUUAAUUUGAAUGCAAAUCAGAAUUGCAUCGUACGAUGUAUCCUAAAAAACGAUCGCGGCGACGAUUAUUUCUUGCUUCUCUCAAAUGCCGUCAUUUCCGUUAUGAUUUCAAAGCAAGCAACAGCCAUGGAAAUGAUAUCAAAACAAAUGAAUUCAUCAUUAUUUGAAACAAAAAUUGGAAAAAUUACUAGAAAUUUGUAUAAAUCAACAUUUAAAAGCAGUUACACAAUGAAUUGGCUACUUGAUUUUAAACAUAUUGCAUUACAUACAUUGCGAAAAAAGGAUUGCAAAGCAAAAAUUUCAAUGAAAUGA